ACACUUACACGAAAAUAAAAUAAAAAAUGGGAUAGUGUCAACAGCCUUGAUCUAUCUCUAAAUCUAGGUCGUUGGUGCACCAUCACUUUAAAUUGAAGCGCCUCAUCAGGUCCAUCAUAGAGACAAACCAGAGUAUUUCUAGGGCUAUUUUGUACAUUCUAAUAAAAUAAAUUCCAACUUCUAAUAAAAGUGAAACAGGAGUAAACAAACGAUAAUACACGGUUCACAUUGACUCUCAUUGAGACGAGAAUAAUCGAGUCAGAAGUCUACAAUAUCAAUUUUGGUUAGUACCGACCGUAUUGGUUUGUUAUCAUUGUCCUGCUGUGUAUGGCGAUGGCUUCAAUUACUACAAGAAUUUUGUUUCAAUCUGCAAAGAGUCUUUGUUCAAAACUGCUCCCUACAGUUAGAGUUACUCCUCACCCAAAGAGUUUACAAAAUUGUCUGAAUGUUCAAAGGAACACUUUGAGACUAUGCUGCUCAGGGAGCAAGUUUGUGGCUCCAGUUCAGGUACAGCAGCAAGCACCAGAUUUUCAAGGUCAAGCAGUGGUAGAUGGAGCAUUCAAGGAAAUCAAACUGUCUGAUUUCAAGGGAAAGUACCUUGUAUUGUUCUUCUAUCCACUAGAUUUUACUUUUGUGUGUCCCACAGAGAUUACAGCCUUUAGUGACAGUAUUGAACAGUUUAAGAAACUUGACACUGCUGUAGUUGGGGUGUCUACUGACUCACAUUUUACACAUUUAGCUUGGAUAAACACACCAAGAAAGCAAGGUGGACUUGGAGGAUUGAAAUAUCCACUCCUGUCUGAUUUUAAUAAAGUUAUAAGUAAAAGCUAUGGGGUGUUAAUAGAAAAAGCAGGAAUCUCAUUAAGGGGUCUUUUUAUCAUUGACCCUAAAGGAACAGUUCGACAAAUUACAAUUAAUGACUUGCCUGUUGGACGUUCUGUUGAUGAAGUCUUGAGACUAGUUGAAGCUUUCAAAUUUACAGACAAGUCUGGUGAAGUGUGUCCUGCCAAUUGGAAGCCUAACAGUCCCAGCAUUAAGCCAACACCUGAAGGUUCCAAAGAAUACUUUCAAAAAUGAAUAAGGCUUCUUGUUAAUAUGUGUUCAACUGUUUUAGUUGAUACCUGUUUGAAAAGACUUUUACUUUUAUCUAUAGACAUAUUCAGAAUUAGUUUCCUGAUGAAUGGUUAUUGUGUUGCACCAAAAGCAUGUCAAUAAAAGAGAAAGAUGUGCACUCUA